AUGGGUCCCAAAAAUAAAGGCAAAGGCAAAGAUUCCGGAGGCGAUAGCAAAGGCGACAGCAAAUCCAAGCUCAAGCCCGCGACUAGCAUCAACGUACGCCACAUUCUGUGCGAGAAACACAGCAAGAAAGAAGAAGCCUUGGAAAAGCUCAGGAAUGGGGCAAAGUUCGACGAGGUGGCAAGGGAGAUGAGUGAGGAUAAGGCUAGGCAAGGCGGUUCCCUAGGCUGGAAAGUCCGCGGCAGUCUCCUCGCCGACUUUGAAAAAGUAGCAUACGAUCUAGAACCAAGCACUACGGGCAGUCCCAAGAUAGGAGAGUGCAAGACAUCGGAGGGGUAUCACAUCAUUAUGGUGGAGGGGAGGAAGUGA